AUGCAUAUACGUGGAAUUACUUCUAAUGCUAGGAUAUUCUCUUGCGCUGCUCUCCUGGUUGCCCGAUCACCAUCCUCCUCCUCCUCUUCUUCUGCUUUCAAGACCACACCAUUGGCUGCGGCUUUUGCCUUUCACAACAACAAGUCUCACUACUAUAGUAAAACAACAGCAACAGCAACAGCAACAACCACAACGUCUCUGAACAUGUCCGACGAAGUAAAAAAAGCGCAAGAAGCCGCCGAGCUUGCCGCCGAUGGAUCCCCUCCCACCAUUUUUGACAAUAUCAUUUCUGGAAAGUGGGAUUCGGAUAAGAUUCACGAAGAUGAUUUGUGUUUGGCCUUUCGAGAUAUUACUCCCCAGGCUCCCGUUCACUUUUUGGUCAUUCCCAAGAACCGGGAUGGUUUGACCCAACUCUCCAAGGCCAGAGAAGAUCAAAAGGAAUUGUUGGGACACUUGAUGUACGUCGCUCAAAUGUUGGGUCAAAAGGAAUGUCCCGAUGGAUUCCGUGUGACUGUCAAUGAUGGCAAGGAUGGAGCUCAGAGUGUUUAUCAUUUACAUUUGCACGUCAUGGGUGGUCGUCAAAUGGCUUGGCCUCCAGGAUAA